UGACAAAUGACACAUGUGUGUUUUCUUCCAGUCUUCAAUUUUUAAUGGCGCAAGAUGUAUUUGGCAAAAUGGCUGAGGAUCAGUGGAUUUUAAACGAAGACGGUUAUUUAAAUGUUGAUACGGACGUGAAAGAAAUAAUCUACCAUCCAUCGCUGAACGUAAUUCUAAUAUCUACAACCAGCGGACUGGUAAAAGUACUAGACGUGAACUCGGGCGUAAUAUUACAAUCCAGUUCCCUUUCGGCUCAAAAUCUCAAUGAAAUCAAGUGCAAAUACAUUCCAACAGUUGAUAGGGUGCUGUUCUCUGAUGGCCAGUCUCUGGGGGUCAGGUCAGACUACAAUGGGGUAUUGCUCCUAGAUAGUAUUUUGCAGAAAACUGUGCAUGACAGCAAGGAUGAAGUCAAAAUUGAACUGCCACUCUCAGAGGCAAUAAUUUUGAAACAAAGCUUAGUUAAUGGCAACCAGUCAGUCAUUGUUAAACAAGGACUACAUACUAGCAACUCCUCUGGAGUAGAACAAAUUGUCACUCAACUAGCAGACACAAUUUUGAAUGCUCAGAAACUUCCAAAGAAGGGCAUCAAAGCUCAAAAAUGGAACACAGUAUGCUUAAAUGUUACUCUGGACGAACUUCGAAGUGCAGCUGCCUCCACAGUUUCGGCACUUCUGUCAAAAAAUCAGCAUAUCCCAGAACUGGGAGUGGCAUCAGCAGUGCAAGAGAGGUUAGCAGACCUUGCUGGAGAACCUGUAGAUCCAGCAGACAGGCGGUCAAUGGCCAGUGAGGCAAGGAGGAGGGAGACCUACAGGCAUUGGCCUCAUAUGGACUACAAAUGGGCCUUACCAGAUCAGAUGGCUCAAGCUGGUUUUUAUCAUCAACCUAAUUCUUCAGGCCAUGAUCGUGCAAUGUGCUUUACCUGUACUGUUUGUUUAGUGUGUUGGGAACGUACCGACGAACCUUGGAGUGAACACGAGCGACAUUCAUCAAAUUGUCCUUUUGUGGUGGGAGAAUACACACAAAAUGUACCUUUGUCGGUCACACUUGCAACCAAUCCUGCAAUUGACGCGACUUACAGAGGUCUAAAUAUCAAGAUAAUUGGGAACAGCAGUGUGCCAAACCUGAUACCAACCGCAAACGCGGACGGUCUCAUAUCAGUAUUCGACGUAGCUGGAAAACCUACAAGGCAGUUCUCCUUUUACGUCACACAAUACGACUCACAUAUUUUAGAUAAAUUUACUCAAGAUUUCGGCCAACCUGGUAUAUGGCAGGCUGGAGAGAACAAAAAACAUCCCGUAGAAAAGAAAAUUACGACUUUAUGCAUCGUUUGCGACAAAGAGAAAACCCCAAGUACGACUAGCACAACAAGCGCGAACGCAGCUGCGACGACACCUAAACCUGCCAGGUCGACCAUCGUUUGCGGCUUAAACCUAAUGGCUGGUCAAGCAAAACAAAAAUCGUCCGACCAAUCGGAGAACGAUUUUGAGGUCACCAAAAGCCAGCUGUACCUGGUGGUGUACGACUUUUUGUACAGCAAAGAACAGGAGGAGACCGAGAACGAGAUCAACUUUGAGACGAAUCUGGCCUAUCAGCCUGAAGAGAAGGAUAAUGUAGUAUCAGGAGAAGAUAAGCUCAACACCAGCUUCAUGGAGCUUCCUAAUUUGGAGAGUCUGGAGAAGGAUGAUGAAAUACCGUGUUAUAAUCUGAUGAAGCAGUUGUCGUCGUUUUACAAAACGCUUAUACCAGGUGAGAGUGACGAAGUGUUCCUGCCUCCAACUGUAACUAUGAAGAAAACGAUGAAGGUGCUGAUGUUCGAAGACUACAGCACCAGUGGUGGUGCGAAGACGGAAUCUUCGGGCACGCAUGCGCUAACGAACGGUCAGCUUAGCAGCUUGGAAAGCAGCGAUCUGAGCAUAUCUGAUCAUAUCACGGAGCUGAAGAAUAACCAGUCGAGUAAAAAGUUGAAUUACUCCAGGGCAGUGCAAUGUGUCUCCUUGCCACCUGAAUGCAAGGACCUAGGAGACCUAGAAGUAAUUGACAUCUUCCCCACGCGCGAUCAAAAACACGUACUGGUAGUGUUGCGCAGUGCUUUCGGAAUCAAGAGCUUUCUGUUACUCUACGCGCUCGACUGCUCCGAUAAGAUGGUGAAAUUGCGCGAGGAGCCUGUCAUCGUGAAAGAGCUAGACAUCAACCACAAACCGACGGAAGUUAAACCGUUGCCCAACGUUGACAAGUUUGACGUGAAGUCGGAACGGCUGACAGAUGCCGAAGGCUGCGCUGUGAUGGUGUGCGUGGACGGAGCUGUCAGGGUUGUGGAUCUGUGCACGUUGAACGUAGUGUGCUAUGCGAAGAUCGAGGAUGAUGCGUUUGUUUCAGCUACGUAUUGUCAAAGCUUGGACCGAUUGUGCGCAUCAACAAAAAACGGCUCCCUGCACUUUUUCGCCUUGAACAACCCUGACAACGAAGAUAGUGACGAGCAGGAGGAAGACGAUCUAUUUGGUAUGAACGCGGACGCUCCAGUCGCGCCUCCUUUGGACUCCUUGGAUCCUCGGCUUGUCAAGGUGUUCUACAUAGAACCUGAUGUCAUACAGGUGGACGAUCUGAAGAAGCUGAAACAGCUGUGCGAGUUUGAGCCGCUAAAAACAGGAUACAAUGUAGUCGUACCACCAUGUUGGAGUGAGUUCCAACAAGCCUUGAGGCAACGGAGACAACCACAAGCCUUGAAGACAGAUGGCGAGCAGCAUACGAAAACGUGGCGAUUGCAAACCGACACGACUACAUGGGAUGAGCACAUCUUUGAAAUUACGUUACCUACGCCGACAUUUUUGGGUCACGUCGAUGUGCAUUUUACGUUGCAACCCAGUAGUACCCUUCCUCAGGUGGAAGUGACUUUGCUGAGACAGAACAAAAGUGGAAUCGGUCACAAUAAGGAUGUGAAAUUUGCUGUAGAUGAAACAGUGAUGAUAGAUAUGUUGCAAUGGGUAGACAAUCCAGUAGUUUCACAAGAAUAUCUACGAGCACAUAAUGCUGACAUUUUGGCGGGACCCGUCAAUCUUGCAUCGCACCUUGACUUGACAGAUCAGAGUGGAGUUAUUACGUUGACUGGACCAAAGUUAUUUAAAGCUAAACUUCGGAACCUCCUGCUGCACAUCCGCGCUGUAAACACCGCUAAAGACGAUAAGAGCCCCGGCAACGGUUCAAGUGGCGGGAAAUUCAAAAAGUUCGAAAAGACUUCCGGCACAACAGCUGGUUCUAUCAUCGACAAGCUUGGACUUUCUGGCAACCAACAACAGAGGAAGACUGACUUCUACAUGGGUUGCGAUGUGAUACACGAACUCAGCGUGACGUUGCAUGGUUUGAAGCAGUCAGAGCUGCAAAGUGACAGAGCGCAGCGAAGCCUUAUGUUAGAAUCGAAUAUCUUUGUAAGGUCUCUCCUCCUGACGGCUGUAUCAAGCAGCAUCAAAGAAACCCUUGGCAUCAUCCUGGACAUCUUGGACUGGAUAGCAGCUAUAAGACUGAGCAGAAAUAGGAGCGAUUAUGGUUGUCCGCCAAAUCAGCAGUAUACAUUCGUGAACUUAAUGGAGAAAGAGUUGAUGAACCUGUUGCAUCACUGUCUCAUACAGGGUGAAAGGAGUAUAGCACAUAAGUGUACGAGGCUAGUCAUCACUUCUCUCAAAGGUGCAGAUAACGUAACCGCAUCGUGUGGAGAACGCUUCCAAUCGUCAGUUCUUCAAUCACUGUUCACCAUUUUGGAUUCGGUGAGCGAGAUCAGAUCAGCGGCUGGCUUACAAUGGCUGUUCACUUUGCUCUUGAAGUGCACCACCAAGGAUAGAGAACAAUCUAUAUCCACAAAGUGCGUGUCAAUCCUCAGAGACAUAUCCACUGAAUUGGUGAAGCGACAGAAUCCCUAUCACCUGCUUUUGCGGAGUAGAUAUGCUUUGUAUGGUACACCAAUGGAACCAGAACUAUUCGACAUCGAGGCUCCUCCUUAUGGAAAAGGCGAAACUGGUUCUACAGGCGCUAGCCUGUUCAGUUCAUGGGGAAACGUUUCUGCAGAUGCUGCUUCUCCGAACGGAGACAAUGCUUCAAACUAUCCAUUCAGUAAAGAGAGCAUCAGUCCCAAAGACGUUCUUUCAACUUCAGCGACUAAGUUGAAAUAUAAAAAUAUUGCCUCUCUGCGUCUUAUCCACGGCCUGAUCGAAACGGAACCCCUGCACUUCACGUGCACCUCAGCCAGCGAAGGCACGCGCGUGGAACGUGCCGACACGGCCGGGGGCAGCGCUGGCGCCUCGUCGAUGAUAUGUCACGUGGCAGCCCCCGCCUCGUCUGGUACCACCGGAGGGGGUACGACCUCGAACGCCAUACCGGUGGUCAGUGUGCCCGCCUCCAGCGGGAAUUACGUCACGACCACACUAGGGCAGUACGGCUUGGCGGCGAUGGCGCACCAACAUCAAGAUCAUGCGCCUGUUUCCAGCGGAGGGGCGGCCACUGCCGGUGUAACUGUCGAUAAGAAGGACGAAUUGCAGUCGCUGUUGCAGAACUUUAUCGAAAAGCAGGAUGCGGCUAUCGUGCAUGACAAGUUAAUGGCAGACGACAGUCAGCAGCCCCCGGACGGUGGAGGGGGUACAGCAGGCGGGGGUGGCGGAGGAGGUGGUGUGAGUAGUAGUACAGGUAAGAAGACGGAUAGCGAUUGGUGGAUCAUGGAUGUGCUCAACGAUGCUGAUAAGACCAUAUACAUGCAUAAAAUCAAUGCUUUAUAUCAAAACAUCUCCAAGGCGGUGAAAAGCAAUACUCCUGUCGCAGGUUACUCUUCGGACCCUCAACAAACGCAACCGGAAGUCAUCGUACCAACUGUCAAUCAAUCGACGCUGCCAUGGCAACAACUCCUUGCCGUACCACCCAAACAGAUGAUCGUUGUGGAGCGUAUGUAUUCCGGAGCGAGGAGACAAGUAACGUUGGACUUCGGGAAACCUGUUCUACUGACUGACAUCUUCAUACCAUCAUGUUCGGACUUGGUGACGUUAACGUUGGAUAUCUGGCUGAAAGGUGAAGAUAUAGACCAAACGAGGUUGGUAGUGGCUAUGGAUAUUGGUACUAGAAAUUUGCUAUUAACCGAUUUGCAACCGCCACCGCUAUGUAGGUACUUGAAGAUAACUGUGGUAGGCCGGUACGGUAUGUCGACGAUACGAUGCCGAAUUCCUUUAGGAUAUUUUUACGGACACACCAUUGUCUUGCCUGAGGAAGUUCCACAAGAAUUGGCUGAGGAAACACCGUUUAUCGCUUGCCCUGAUUUGGAGAAGCAACUUUGUGUUUUGGGAAAGCUUUCUGAGGAUAUCAGUUGCAGGUACAGCUUGGCCUGCUCCAAACUGAAAGAACUUCUCCACCCGUUCCUGGUAGCAGACAUGAAAAACGCCACUCACCUAGCCACUUACAUGAACAUCCUGAAGGACAAGAGUACCAAUGUAAACAAUGCCGAGCAUAGCAAGAUCAUCAGUGCAUACCAAGAAACGAUUCGGUAUCAGCACCAGCUGAACAUCGUCCGCAACGUUAUGGCCCGGAUUGAGAUUAGUCUGUAUGGUAGUUCUCAGUUGGCAGAGUGUAAUACGUCUACAGAUAAGCUGACGUCGAUUGCCGAAGAUCUACUGGAGGUAUUAUUGUCACUGGACGUGUCUACCGAUAUGCAGAUAGAGGACUGUCAACAUUUCUUUAGGGCGUUGUGUAUCUCACAGCCGUUCAGAUUGCAGUUACUGGCUGCGAUUUUUCUGGAAAAGUCGUGCGGACAAACGAAAUUCUGGGGAGAUUUUCUAGCGGAUACUCUGACAGAGACCUUCUCAACAUCGUGCACCGCCAAAUUCCCCCAAGACAGGCUGUUCGUGCUGCUCUCCUAUCUCAGCCGGAAGUCCAGCGAGCGUAGCGCCGUGAUUGACGCGGCUUUACGCGUAGUUCACGACUCGUUAGCGCCCUUACGGAGCGGCAAGAGGGCGCUGCUUGCAGUCACCGUCGACCUACCGUUGCUGUCGUGGCAGCUGAUGUAUCUGUCAUUGCAGCUGUCAGCUGGGAAGGGCGGCACCACGUCGAGUACUGGCCGUUGGAACUGGGUAUUUGGCGAGAUGGUCGGCAAGGCAAACUUGGACAACGUGAAGGGCGGCAAUAGAAAGAAGCCUUACAAAAGGAUAUUUCCCUCGGGGGCCAAUGCGACGUAUAUUCUGCCGAGCUAUUCAAGCGUGGUGAUAAACUCACAGAACGCCUUCCAUCAGCAGCAAUCGAAGCUAAUCUCAUCAUCGGGAGGCACUAGCGCAUCUGGCUUGAAGUGCGAGAAACUGAACAAGCUGAAGAACUUCAAGAAAAAUUAUGAAACAGCAGCCGCGGCAGCUAGGUCCAAGGAUUCCGGCAAGGAAUCGUCAAAGGACUCUCGCACCUCAACAUUGAAGAUACCACAACGUGCCGACCAAACGCAUUGUCUUGUGGUGGCUAAAGGGUUGUUGCAAUUGGUGCUUUCAAUGGAUCAUUCUAGCAGCGCGGAUCUUAUGUUGCUAUGUUUCAAGGUGAUAGCUAAGCUGGUGACGUUAGCGAAACUUCAUAUGGGGCAGCUUUUGAAGGAGAAUCAACUUUUGGACCUGAUCAACUUUUGUAUAUCCUGUAAAAUACCAUGGGCUCCAUUUGCUUUAGCUUGUUUUCUACAGGACGUUCUUGAUUUAGGAUGUACUAAAUCGGAAGAAACCGAAAUGGAAACUGAAAACGCCACACCGAUAUUGUGGUCCCCGAAUGAUGCGUCAGAGACGGACAGCAUAGCAAACUCCUUCAACAUCGAUGAAGUCCUUAAUAUCGGCGCUGCUCUAAUAAAACCGCCAAAAGCCAAUUCGAUAGUUAACAAUAACAGUUUUCCGCCAUUACCUUCUGUCUACGAAUCCGAAGAUUCGGACUUUGAUGACUUCCUGGCUGACAUCAGAUUUGAAAAGGCCUGGUGUUCUGCCAUGAAGACGCAGAAAAAUGCCGGAACUGUUGGAAAUUCAAGUCUUUCCUGCGCCAUGGAUUCCAGGCUGGAAUUGGGAGUGCAAGCUGGCAGCGAAGUCACGCUGAAGAAGUUGAUAAUAAAGCAUACGAAAGAACUGCUGCAGAACGUGACAUCGGAGCAGUCGCAAGCUGAGACGAUUACGCAGCUGAACCCUUGGCCAACGCAUGUGGAGGUGAUGCCAGACGAAUCCUCGCUAAGCAACCAUAAGAUCCUGACCUAUUGUUUCGCGUCAUUAUUCGAGAACCUCCAAAACCAGGAACCUUCUAAGAUCGAGCAUGUUCUGCAACUAUGGCUGACCUUGAAUUGCCCAGCGAGUGGUAACGGCAACAGCUCAAAUGCGAGGGAGCAUUUCACACCAGCCGUCAUGCCACAGAUCGUACUUAACUGCAGUUCUGUCAACUAUCUGAUUAGCGCUUUCGCUUGGACACCUGGUCUGUCCAUAACAACGUGGUGCCUAGGUCUUCAGACGCUGACACUGGUGUGUAAUGUCACCAAUGGAAAAAAGUGGUUCGAUUUGUCAGAAAUGGCGAACACGAUUGUCAACCAUCCUGACCUAGUUCAGAUGUUUCUGAACCUGCUAUCUGGUACGGGUCCCGUUUUUAAUGGAAAAGUUUUGGCUGGACCUACGCUGUGCAAAGCCCUGCACGACUUCUUAGUGAGAUUACAAAUGAGAUGUGAUAUAGUUAGUUCCUCGAGCAAAUUAGGCAACUUGUUGAAGACGUUGCUGCUGAAAGUGGUCUAUCAGUUGGCGCAGCCAUCUGGUUCCAUAGCAUCGAUGCUGGGGCCCUUGGACGCCCAAUGCAAACUGUUACAGACGAUGUCCUAUUUGGACUUCACCAAUACGGAUCUUAGCAUUGCGAUGAGCACCUUGGAGAGCACAGCGUCCUUAGUUCAUAAUUACGUGUUGAAUAGAGAAAAAGUUAAGUGUAUAUCGAUAGGAGAAAAACAGACAAUGUCUUCUAAUUCGUUUAGUGAAAUUUUCGCCAGUGUCUUGGGCUCCGAUGCCAAUAAGCAGGAUAGACCUGUAUCAUAUGAGGAUUUGUUGAUUUUGAUGUUAAAGCUGAUGGGUAAAUUAGUGCACACGCCUUUACCCGAUCAAACCGAUGCGAUGGAGACGGAAUCCUCACCACCGGUCACUUCUCAAACAGACGAGAGUAAGGCUGCCGAGCAACAGCAGCAACAACAACAACAGCAGCAGCAACAGGAAAACAGCCCGGCCCCACCUACACGUCAACAGCCCUGUUUUGCGGACGUUGUUUUGCAACACAGACCGACGGUCGUCAGGCUUUGCAGGUGCUUGGCGGCCUGUAAGUCUUCGUCACUUUGUAUGCUAGCUAAUGUUUCGCAAAAGGUGGCGUUUAGCAAUCUGAGCGAACCAAACACUGUAGCUGAUGCAGUUUUUCAUCUGUUAGGAUUGCUGGCGAGAAAGGCUUCUAGAAAGGAAUUGCUGCUUGAGCCAUUGCUAGCGUUUCUGUCACAGACGCCACAGCUAAGCGAGCCGCUACUGUGGUUUGUACAACAAGUGGUGUUGGAUAGUGAAGAGACUGUGAAAAAGUUCCACGAAGCUGGUGGCGUAACGAUCCUCUCGAACAGCGUCAUAUCCAGCAGCAGCUCCCCAAGCAUCCUGCCUCGCACCGGCACCAUCGCCGCCGUUAUGCAGCACUUCAGUGGCGGCGGCGUGGGGGCCGGCGCAGGCGGUGGAGGCAGCUCCGCUGAAUCAGGGGGCGGGCCCUAUACAGCUGCCACUGACGCUAGUGGCGGAGCAAGUACCGGUUCGGGUGUGGCAGGUAGCGGCUUCGCGUGUCAGGCGCCAGCCGCCUCCAAGAAGAUGCUGCAAGCGAGCAUUGAGCACAAGAUGGCAUUGGUCAACUUUGCGAAGUAUUGUACGAUCACGUGCGAGUCGAAUACUGCGCAACCAGCUGACGUGCUCAUACAAGGUUUAGCGGGCGUAAAUCAUAGGAGGGCCCGAACUCCCCUGUGGUCGUACCACUUCUACCCGGAAGAAGUGCAUACCGAGUUGAUACUACAACUUCCAAGCGCCAUCUUACUACGAGAAGUGCAAUUGCAACCUCACGCGGGUAGCCUGGCGACGUGCCCUUCGUAUGUUGCUUUGGAGGUAUCUGCAAACGGACCGUCAAGAUUGGUUCCAGCCUGUUUACCAUUGCCUACCAGCGGCCUAACGUACAUUCGCAUGCAUCUACCUGUGCCAAAAGUGGUCAACUGUGUCCUGAUCAGGCUGUAUCGACCACACGAUGCAAACGGAGUUGGUUUGCUGCAAAUCAGAUUGCUGGGGAACUACGCUUUUGGUGGAAGUUUGACGCAAAAUGCUGAAUCUGAUGACGAGGCGCAUUGCAAGCAUAGUCUGGGAUGGUUGAGAUUGCUGCAUCACUGUUUUACGGCUGUGACAGAUAUGGAAUUGAGGAAAGAUAUUAUAGAUGCAGCGUCCAAUGUUCCCCAUCUUUUGACCACCUGUUGCGGUCUCUUAUUAGUACCGUCUCAUAUACUGCCAGUGUAUCUUCCGUGCCUAGAAAAGGUUUUGAGAGAAUUAGCACUACACAGUCCUGAAAAUGGUUUUCAGACAAUAAAAGUAUUGUUAGAUAGUCGACCGGGCGUGAUGGAGCCUUUGGUAGCAUUUGACGGGAAUUGGCAGGAUAGGCUGGUGAACGUUACAGGUUAUCAGUCAGCUUGCGAGUUACUAUAUCAGAUUUGCGAGCAUCAGGACCACAAUACAUACCAACGUGUGAAAAUGAUACUGGACUGGGUGCAAACCUCCGCAGCCAAAGCUCUGGAAACCGGCAACACGGACGAUUGUAACGCCGCUUACGUAUCUACCAUGGCUUCCAUCCUUUGGUCGGCGAAGGAGACGGAUGUGCAAUACGACCUUAAGGCCUUGGUUACCACCGAGCUGUUCGAGAACGUGUACAAUCUCAAAGUCAACGCCGAGAAGAAUAUGAGUCUGAAAUACGCAUUGGAUUCGUUGCUAUGUGCAAUGUGCUACAUUAGGCCCGAGCUAUUCUCCUUGCUGUUGCAAAAGGUCGGAGCCUUGGUGGCAAACUUUACGACGGACCACGACGCUUCAAUAAGCGAUGACAGAAAAGACUCUGAAGGUAUGACGGAUGAUUCAAAGGGUGGGUUGUUCGAAAUUAAUUCUGAGUGGUACGGGCAUCUCAGCAUCGGGGAGUUAUCCACUUUGAAUUUGUCGAGGGAACAGUUGGAGACGAUAGCUCUGGUCAGCAGAUCCCCAACAGCAAUAAAACUGCUGCUGGACUCCGGCCUCCCUAAGCUCCUGAACGGCGCCAUCUUUGAGUUCUGCCGUUCCGAAAACGGCAUCUCCGCGGUACCGAUGGCGAAGCUGGAGAACGUCACUAGCAUCCUACAGUUCUUCAGCGACGUGUGCGAUGUGAAGACGAUGCGCGAUUGGCUGGGUUCGGAAGAAGGAUCGUCCUUCUGGUUGCACAUCCUGCAGUGGCUGUGCAAGAAGCCGGCAAUGACGACGAUGCAUUUGCAGACAGAGGCGCAUGUUCAGCUGGAAGAGGUAUGCGUGAAAUUCCUGUCAAAAUGCUGCCUCUGCCACCCGACGAACCAAGCCCGCCUGGCUAAAGUGCUCUGCGACGUAAUCUACCUCCAAUCCAAUGGCAUAUCCGGCUUCAUGCGUCGUCUCAUCCUCCAACUCCUACUAGAAAACGAGAAGAUCCCGGUGAGCGUCGAAGCUGACGAAACGUUGUACAAGAAUUCGAAGCUGUCGCAUGCGUACGUGCCGGCGCAUCCAUCGUUCAAGCAGACUUACAACCGAGCGAUGCUGUAUUUGAAUACGAAUACUACGUUGCUAGAGAUACUGGAUCAACAUGUGUUCUUUAGGACGUCGUACAAGUCGGAUUCUUUGCUGAGCAAGAAGUCGGCGGCUGCUAAGAAGGACGUGUUCAAAAACUGGUUCUACGAAGACUCCGACCUGAGUAUGGCGGCCGGCGUGACAGCGAAAGACAAACGUGCCAAAGACGCGAAGAACCAAUCAUCGCAAGCCGCCGCAGCCGCAGCAAAUGCCGCCUCCGGUGCAGCCACCUCCAAUACCACGGCCGCAACUCCCCAAUCUAAAAAGAAGCGGUACGCCCCUGAUUCAGCGGGUGCGGCCGGUACCAACGCGGGAGCGGCCGCUGAAGUCGAGGGAAUGCGCGUAAAGUGCGACGCGUACUCACCCGAUCAGUCGUUGCCGCUCAGCAUCAACCUGGGUCAGUUGUUGAGGCUGAUCGAGUCCAAGGGAACCACCACCAAUUGGCCUUACAUUCACAUUAAGAUCUACAACUCCAAAAUGUCUGACGAUAAGACCACCGAGGUGAACUCGACGUUACUCCUACAACAGCCAGUCUGUAGUGCCUUACAAGUGUUCAGUUCGAUGGGCGGGCUAGCACUACUCGCCCAACACUUGCCUACAAUUUACUCGGAAACUGUCAAAACGACGGGCGUUGAAAAAGCCGCUCCUGAUCAAUCGGAUUCCGAAUGGAUCAAAGUAGACGAAUCUGAUGAUAUCUACGAAGACAUCAGCGAAGAGAUGAUAAGCACCACCUCAUCAUCAAAAUCCUGCGGUCUUGUGUCGCAUGUGCCUCCUCACUCACUCACUGCCUUUGGACUGUUCCUCAGACUACCUGGUUACGCGGAGGUACUGCUCAAGGAUAUGAAGAAAGCCCUGUGCUUGCUUCGAUUGGUGCUUGGUGUCACUGAUGAUGGAGAAGGUGGCGACAUCUUCCACUCUCCCCUAGCCGACAGCCUACCCACCCUACCAUUCGAAGUUCUAAAAAGACUGUACGACGCCACGCCUCUGAGUACAGAUGACGGCCGCCUAUUGAGACGAAUCAGCGUUAACAUCGGGGUGGUGCAUCUGCUGUUAGCAUGUUUAGGAGUGUUCACGCAUCAUCAAGCUAACAGUGCGAACGGAGGACAAGGAGGUGCACAGACUGGGGAGAAGGAUGGGAAGGGCGGCAAGGAGGAUAAGUCGCAGUUGUAUUGGGCUAAAGGUACGGGCUUCGGUACUGGUUCAACCCAGCAAAGUUGGAACGUUGAACAAGCGCUGCUGAAACAACGUAACGAAGAAGAGCACGUGACAGUGCUUCUGCAAGUGUUGGCCAGUUACAUAAAUCCGAACGAUGAAGCGGACGAGGAGCUUAACGGCGACGUACUGCCAUCUAACUUCCAUGAGCUGUUGGCUCAAAGUGCUUUGCUUUCCGCUAUCAGCUCUUAUCUCAGGAACGAUUCAGUAUUAGAUAUGGCGAGGCAUAUCCCCCUAUACAAGGCAGUUCUCCAGUUACUCAGGGCAUUGGCGGUCAGUUCACAACUAGUCAGUCUAUUACUGCCUCAAAAAGGCAGCAGCGAACCGUCUGUCACUUUGCUGUUGCGGAACAUGAAGUCUUACGUGGAUACCUAUGCGUCGAAGUUAAGGUUGAACACAAAAACAAAAGUGAAAUCGAAACUGGGCGAACAGCUAGAAGAAUUGGAACAAGGCGAAGGAUUAGCAACACUGAUGCCGGAUAUACAAAACACAGCAAAUCUAGUGUCUAAAGUCACCAGUGGAAUGGUGGAAUGCGACCCUGCGUUCGACAGUCCCACCAUGAUUGAUAAGAAGACUGUUACAUCAAUGGAAGAGUAUUAUAUUAAGGUUAUGAGGAACCUGCAGUUUUCUUCUUACGAAAUGAUAACAGAACUUCCAGAAGGAACAAUAAAAUUUGUGAUCUCGCACCAUUUCGAAAGUAACGUACUGACGACGGGCGAGCAAUCUCACCCUGCAAGGGUGAAGCGAAUUGCACAAGAGGCUGUGACCUUAUCCACUAGUUUACCCUUAAGUUAUAGUAGCUCAGUUUUUGUUAGGUAUGACACAUCACGCUUGGACGUCAUGAAAGUACUUAUCACAGGUCCUGCGGAUACCCCGUACGCCAAUGGCUGUUUUGAGCUGGAUGUGUUCUUCCCCGCGGAUUAUCCUUUGUCUCCGAUGAUGAUCAAUCUAGAGACAACAGGAAGGCAUACUGUACGCUUUAAUCCUAACCUAUAUAAUGACGGCAAGGUGUGCCUGAGCGUGUUAAACACGUGGCAUGGUAGACCUGAAGAAAAAUGGAACGCCCAGACUUCUAGUUUCCUACAGGUUCUUGUUUCAAUUCAAAGCUUGAUUCUUGUGCCAGAGCCAUAUUUCAACGAGCCUGGGUACGAAAGAGCAAGAGGUACCCCUGCUGGAACAGCUAGCUCUCGAGAUUACAACCUGAACGUUUGCCAAGCGACUGUAAGAUGGGCAAUGUUGGAGCAAAUUUUGAACCCCUGUCCCUGUUUCAAAGAAGUCAUCCAGACGCAUUUCUACCUCAAAAGGCAUGAGGUCAUUGCACAGGUCGGCGCCUGGGUUGAGGAGGUUGAACAAGAGGUGGCUAAGGAGAAAAAGAGUAGCAGAUCAACAAAAAAAUCACCGACGACCACAUUAGAAAACUUUAAAAAGGUGUAUCAGCAACUGAAAGAUGCUCUGUUGAAAUUGAAACCAUCAGCAUUUUUGGAUCAAGAAGAGGAAGACGAAGAGUCAUCCACCCCCACCAACAAUAUGGAAGUCACCAUGGCAGAAGUGCAACAGUUAGAGAAAGACAAGGAAAUGGAGAAGAUGGUGAACGAUAUGUGUGAAUGAGCUGUACUUGAGUCUCCCUGCCACACUCUCGAUGAGAUGCAUUUAUACAACCUGUUUGUUUGUUUCAUUUUUAUGUCCUUUAUAUCUGUACGCGCGUCCAUAGGGCGACGACGCUAUGUUUUAAACAAUUGUUCAUACACUCGCACAUAUAUUUUCCAACAAAGUUGUGUUAUUUUUUUAAUGUGUCGAUGAAGUUGCGAGUGACUAGGCAACUAAGUUACCAAUGUACUUGUGUCAUUAUUUGAACUUGUUGAGCUGUUUGUGGAGUAUAACAGUAAAUUAUUUCUAGUUUUAAAUUGUUUAUAUUGAUGAAAUGUGAUUCGAAAUAAAAGAUACUGUUUCAGAAAUUUUACAAGUAUGUUACCACCUUCCUAAAAAUUAAAAUGCUAACUAGGCUAGCAUAGAUACAACUGAUGGAGCUGAAUCAUCUGACACUAGAAAAUAAGUGAAAUAAAAGAGAAUAUUGCGG